AUGGACGACGCAACAUUGGAUGACAUUAUUGCUCGUCUCCUAGACGUUAGGAACGGCAGGCCAGGCAAGCAGGUGCAGCUGACAGAAGCAGAGAUUCGAAGUCUCUGCACGACGUCCCGGGACAUCUUCUUGCAACAACCUAAUCUUCUUGAGCUUGAGGCGCCCAUAAAAAUAUGCGGUGACAUCCAUGGGCAGUACUCGGACCUUUUGCGUCUCUUUGAGUACGGCGGUUUUCCACCUGAAGCGAAUUACCUGUUCCUGGGAGACUACGUGGACCGCGGAAAGCAGAGCAUGGAGACCAUCUGCCUUCUUCUAGCGUAUAAGAUCAAGUACCCGGAGAAUUUCUUCCUCUUGCGUGGAAAUCACGAGUGUGCGUCCAUUAAUCGCAUCUAUGGCUUCUAUGACGAGUGCAAGCGCCGGUACAACAUUCGCUUGUGGAAGACUUUCACUGAGUGCUUCAACUGCCUCCCUGUGGCUGCUCUCAUAGAUGAGAAGAUACUUUGCAUGCAUGGCGGUCUAUCACCUGACUUACGCUCCCUGGAGCAGAUAAAGAAGAUUGGUCGACCCACAGAUGUUCCGGAUGCAGGCCUGCUGUGUGACCUAUUGUGGGCAGAUCCAGAUAAAGACAUUCAGGGAUGGGGGGAUAAUGACAGGGGCGUGUCAUAUACAUUUGGAGGCGACACGGUCACAGAAUUCCUUGACAAGCACGACCUUGACCUCGUGUGUCGGGCACACCAGGUGGUGGAAGAUGGUUACGAGUUCUUUGCCAAGCGACAGCUUGUUACAGUGUUUUCAGCACCCAAUUACUGUGGCGAGUUUGACAAUGCAGGAGCCAUGAUGAGCGUGGAUGAGAGCCUCAUGUGCUCCUUCCAAAUUCUGAAACCUGCUGAAAAGAAGCCAAAAUUUGGGUAUGGCUCAGCAGGAGCUGGCCGCGGGACACCACAGCGAGGAGCAAGGAGAUGA